AUGGCCGCGAGGCCCCAGGACGACGCGCCGCUUUCGCCGUAUCCAUGGCGACGACGAGGCCUUGUUUACUCCCGCGGUUUCUACGGCGGAGCUGACCGAGCCGGAGGGAGAGGAAACAUGGCGGCGGAGCUGCUCCGGGCUCUGCGUGGUGGGCCAGGGACUCGCUGCCUGUCGCUGAAGGCGCGGGGGCUAAGUCGCCUGCCCCGGGGGUUGGGGAAGAUGAAGGGCCUGGAGAGACUGAGCUUGCGGGACAACAGCCUGCACCGGCUGCCCCAGGAUAUGAAGGCUUUGGGCCGGUUGAAGGUACUAAAUUUGGGAAAUAAUAAUUUUGAGGAGGUUCCAGAGCUGCUGAAAUACCUCAAGUCUUUGCAGACUCUUCAUUUGUUUAGAAACAAGAUCACCAGAAUAUCACCCUUAAUAUUUGAUGGAUUGCAAAAUUUAGUACUCCUUAAUCUGAACAACAACCAGCUUAGUGAUCUUCCUCCAGAGAUAGAAAGGCUUGAACAUCUUGAAUGCUUGAGUUUAGACAAUAACCAACUGCAAAAAUUACCCAAAGAAUUCUGUUAUCUCCGAAAGUUGUGUGAACUCCAUUUGUUCAACAAUUCCAUCACUGCACUCCCUGAAGAGAUUAAAUACCUGGGAAAACUCAAGAUCUUGAUUUUGUCAAGAAAUCAAAUAGAAGAACUUCCUGAUGGACUUUGCAAAUUGAAGAGGCUUAGAGUUCUAGAUGUAGCAGGAAACAAUAUCCAGAUCUUCCCAACAGCAAUGGAAGAUCUUGAACUGGAGGAACUUUAUUGUGAAAGUAAUCCAUUGCUUCAGAAACAUCCAGUUAGUGCCAUACAAGAGGAGGACAUUUUGACUCUUAAGGAACUAACAGCAAGAUUUAUUCUUGAUCAACUGGAAAAGAAAAACUUUAAUUUACACAGAGCGCUAAAGCAGAACUUAAAUGCACAGAAGAUGCUUGCCCAUAAACAAGAAUGUGCUCAGUGCAGACGUGGCUUUCUGGGUAUGUGGCUAGAAUGUGUACAGUUCGUGGAUAUAAAACAGCGAAUGAAGACUAGCAGAAACUUGGAGCUCUUACCUGUCAAGGUACUUCUGUGCUCAUACAAAUGCUUUAAUCACAGCGGCCACAACCUCUUUGGGAUUGCUGUACCCUAGAGCAAGCAAUAAACUCAGGAUCUCACCCAGCUGGCAAGUUGCAACUAUUGUGACACUCUUAAGAAUGGAAACAGAACAUAGCAUCUUGUGCUAUAUCCAUAUUCAAUGUGAAAUACACAGUUGUGUUGGAACAAUGGUGGCAGAGAAGUGAUUUAGUGGUGGGCAGGAAUUAUUUCCUACAGCUGUACAGUUGGUGUGUUUUGGCAGCCUUGACUCUCCUUCUGAAAAUGGACUCCGUUAAUGGCAUUGUUUAACAGUGAGGUAAAAGUUUUAUAAUGUAAACUCUAACUAGCCUAGGUUACUGUGGUUUCUUUUGGCUUCUCUGUUAUGAUCCAUGCACCUUAAUCUGAAAUUCUGAUAAGUGUUUCUCCCCCCCUGAAGAUUUAGGGUCAGACCUUAAAACUGCAAAAGAACACUUUUAACGUGUGUCCAGUGAUUACGUAGUGCUUGAUUUCCAUUAUAAAUCCUGUUUUCUAGAAGUUUAUAACUUGGCUUUAAAAUUUGGCAUGCAUAAUUUUCAACACAGAAGAAAAUGUGUUGGAGCGUUUUUAAAAAGAAAGGGAAUUGGUACAUAUUAAGAAGGAUUUCUUUGCUCAUAGGAACUUUGAUUAUAAGAAAGCUGUGUAUCCUGGCAACCUUUGGAAAAAAAGAACAUUCCAUGGAGAAGCAAAUAGUUUGAUAGGACGUUUGCAUGCUUGCUUGCUUGCUUUUCCACUUUUAUUUCUUUGCAUGUUUUAUCUUCAGUGUUUCCAUUGCUAUUUUACUACGGUAGAAAACUCGCCUUGUUCUCUUAUAAUGGCAAAGGCCCCACCUGAGAGGUGCCGGAACUGGAAAAAAGUAUUUCUAUGCUGCAAUUCCUCCUGGUUUGCAAUUUGCAUUCUCAUCUCAUGUAAUUAAUUGCAGUGCUACAGAAAACAGGGCUGUUUCUUAAAUUUGAUACUAAAUUUAAGCAUGUGGAUUGACUUUACUGUUUACAUAUAGAGAUCAUUCAUGUUCUGAUCUAAACAAAGAAAGAUGUAUUUAAAUUUGAAAUAGUAAAUAGAACCAUGUACUUCCCUAAAUUGCAGAUAUUUUGUAUGUGACUGCCCUCCCCCUUUUUUUUAAGAGAAAGAAUUCUAUGUAACACAGUGACUUGGAAAUCAAGUGAAACAUUGAGUUCCUAGAAUGAAACCAGUGUCCACAUUCAAGACAGCAUUCAGCAUUUCAAGUGUAAACCCCAGCACACUGCUCAUUUUCAAGAAAGCUGUAAAAAUGUGUUUUCUGUCUUGAAGAUUGAGACAUCAGAAUGAAAGCUGAUGUCAGCAUCUAGAAUACCAUUCAGUUAGAGAUUCAUUCCCAGUGUCUGCAGUCAUGGGAUUGUUGUCUAUCACGUGAUGGUGUAUGUUUUCAUUUCACAGAGUGGGAAGUGACGCGACAGGGUGUUUGUGUUACUGUGUUCUGUGAAAUGGGAUUAUUGUCCUUUGUUCUCUCUCUUGCUAGAGAGAGAGAGAGGGAGCCAUGUUGCAAUGCUCCGUGUGUGUUUAUAUGUAAAUAAAGUAAUUAGCCAAAUGCUGAGUUGCUGAGGUCUGUUACGCGAACUGCCAACAAUCUGUGGAACCCUGAGUGUGCUGAUGUCUGUUGCCAUCAGUCGCUGUGAUGUUCAGGCAGAAGAAAGCUUUUGAAGCUCCCGAACGAUCGAGCAGGAAGGAGAGAACAUGCCAGUCAGGCAUGUGUCUCUGCCAGGGUCCUACACGAGAGUAGAACGAUCCUAACAGGCCCCAGCUUGUAAACCCCCCCCCCAAAGGUCAAGGGUGUGCAAAAUAGAUUAGAAUCAGCAGGGCUUUUUUCAGCUGGAACUUGCCAGUUCUGGCACCUCUCAGGUGGGCAACAUUGGCAUUAUAAGAGAACAAGGGAGAUGUUCUCUUUUUCUAGAAAAAUAGCACUGAAACAGAUGUCUGAAGUGGAGACUCUCAAACACUGUUCUUCACUAGUGCAUAAUGAUUUCAAAAUGUAGUUGCAUUUGUCAAGUGAUAGUUACAUAGAAACAGCACUUCUUAGGCAGUAUAUUUCAGCUUACAAUAUGGGGAAGAAUAAAGACCCUGUUUAAAAUAUUUGUUGGUGCAUGGUAUUAUCUGAAAACGCAUCUGAUACUUGCUUUUUCUGAACACAGUUGUAGUGGGCAAAAGGAUUCAAAAAGGUCUAUUGAUUCAACUAUCAAAUAAAUAGUACUCUUUAGUAAAAGCAAUGGGACCAAAAAGGCAUUUGACAUUUUAUUCAAGUGGAAAAACUCUUCAGAUUUAUCCUAAGGAUGAAUGAAUGGUUGAAAUCAGUAGCGCUUUACUUGCAAUACAGUUAUCUCAUUGAUUGCCGCAGCACUUGAGUUCAGGUAUCUGAUUCAGAGUUAAUUAGCUUGAAAAGGUACCUGAAGGAACCCCAGCCCUAGAAGCAAGUGUCUACAUUUUGCAACUUACCACAAUAUUUUGUUCCACCAAGAAGAUGCAAAUACUUUUCGGGCUUAUGCUUGCUGAGAUACCAUGAAGGCUCAUGACAUCCCUUUCAGUGCUUGUGUUUUUUUAAUCCACCCUUUUGCAACAGACCAGAAACAACUUGAGAAGAACUUUCACAUUUGUUUACAUUUACUUGAGUUUUCAGUGGCUCUCUUACUUAAUCAUUCUUAUCGGAAACUAAAUCAGUGUAGCAUAAAAUGCAACAAAUAUAUUAUUCAAGCAUUUAUAAAGAAAAUACUAUUAUGAGAUAUCACUAGAAAAUGACUCCUUUCUUGUCCAGGCUUAAUUCUUUCGUGGGUCAAUUUUAUUUUUAUGAAAAAUUAAAUAUUUGGCAGCUUGACUCUGUGUAUUCAAAGUUACAGAACAUACUAAAUUGCUUUCAUUCCUAAUGCAAUGCUGGAAACUACAACUGCAGUGGCAGUGAGAGUGCUGUUUUCAAAGCACUGAACAAGUGUUGUUGAAGUUAAGCUGCCUUCCCCCUAAAGGACUGGAAGACUUGGAAGAAAUAAUUCACAAGCAGCUGUCAUUGGUAUGGCCUAGUAUAAUUAUCUGAGAUAUAACACAAUAAUUUUGUAUUUGCUUAAGAUAUGGUAGAAUCCUCUAUGCAAAAGUUGUGUUUGGCCAUAGUAUAAAGAUUAUAAGAUACACACGAACUGCUUUCAAUGGUUUGCCAUAAAGAACUUCCUCAGAUAACUGUGUUAAUAGGAAAGAUCUGCAGACAUUAUUUGGACUACAUAAACUAUUUUGCAGCACAAUCCUAAAUUUCCCUACUCAGAACUAAGUUUCCGUGAAUUCAGUGGCACUUACAGAUAAGUAAGAAUAGGACUGCAGCUCUACUGACAUAAAUGUUCAUCUUUUGGACCUCCCAGCGUGGGCUUCUCUCUGACCUUUUACUUGUUGAGCAUGAAGGAUGAAGACAGUUUCUGAGCAUAUCUGAAUCCAUUUAGAAGCUUCUGUACAAGCAGACUUGUGACAAGCAAACUUCCUGAUUACACAGAGGCUUCUUAUGUGUGUUCAGUCAAAUGCAUGAGAAUCUGAGGGUCCUGCACAUGCAUCCAUUAAACAAAAUAGGCACAUGUUUAAGGCAUAAAGAGAAGGGGGACACCACAGAAAUUUUCAGUUGUUGGAUUCACCAUGGGCCAUAUGGUGCAGCUGAACAAAAAUAACCAUUAUUUAUACAAAUAUACAAAAAUAAACAUUAUUUUCCAUCUUAAUGCAGGUUUUGUUUCAUUUCGAAAAAUAAAGUUUCAUUUUAUGGUUUAUUAUUGUUUAUAUUCCAAAUUAGAUAUA